GGUCCGUGGACUACCUGUCCCAUAGUGCCUUGCGGGAGGGCCCUGCGCCCGGAAGGUAGCUCUGGCCGCUGGUGGCAGGGCGGCUAGUUCAAGUUGCCAUAGCGGCGAGGCGCGGAGGGCGCGGAGCUGUGCUGGACGGUUUCAAGAUACCAAUGGCAGAUUCAUCUAGCGAUUCAGACAACUUUCUUAGGGAUCGAGUAGGAAGGCGGCCGCCUUUGAGGGCAACUCAUAACAGAGCUUGGAACCGUGAUGCUGAAGAAGUUACAGAAAAGAUCCAUACUUUAGCAAGCACUUUACAGGAUACCAACAGAAAUCUGAGACAUGUCGACCAUAUGCUAGGACAAUACAGAGAAUACAACAAGGAACAAACUGAAGCCAUAGCAACUUUAAAAGAAACGCUGGAACAGUCCAUAGGUCAGUUAAGGAGCCAACGGUUAACUCGGAACUCUGGAAUGAGAAGUGCUUCUCUUUCAAGCUUAUACGCUAGUGAUCUGGAUGGAGAAGCAGUCUCAGGGAACCAUCACUUCCUGCCUACUUCUCCUCUCAGGGAUUAUGGAGACUCACAGGGCAAUAGACAUCGAAGGUCUAGAUCUGCAAGUGUUCGAUUUGUCAGUGGGGCAGAUAAUUUGGACCAGCUGCAUUCUUUCCACCAAUCUCUUCGAGAUCUCAGUAGCGAACAAGUUCGCCUAGGAGAUGACAUCAGUCGGGAGCUUUCAAGAAGAAACCGGACUGAUGCAGAAAUGAGAAAGACUCUAGCAGAGUUGUCUGAAAAGCUCACUGAGUCCCAAAGACAAGAAACGGUGUCAGAACGGGUAGAGAGAAGACUUCAGGAGAUAGAACAAGAAAUGCGUGCAGAAAGACAGCUUGUAGAGAGGCGCCAAGACCAACUGGGACAGAUGUCUGUUCAAUUGCAAGAGGCUUUAAAUAAACGAGAUGCUAAAGCAGAUGAAACAGCAGAACUCAUGAAAAAUAAACUUGUGAAAUAUGAAAGUGAAAAGAACCAACUUGAGCAAGAAUUGGAGCGGUCCCGGAAAAAGUUGGAGCAGUCAGAAGGCAGUCGAGAAGCUCUUUUGCGUCAGAUUGAGGAUCUUCGUUCUCGACUCUCGAGAGCAGAAGACGAUCGUGUAGAGUUGCAACAUCAAAUUUCACAUGUUGCUAUGCAUCGCCAAAACUACCAUGAUGAACAAGAAGAUGACAAGAGAAUUAGAAUAGUAGCUGAAAGAUAUGAGAGGGAAAAGCAAGAACUGGAGAAACACAUAUUGGAGCUCAAAGCAAAGCUGAAUCAUAAUGCUGUAAUGUCAGAGGUAGAAGAGCUAAAGAGAUGCCUAGAGCGUAAGGACAAGGAGAAAGCACAGCUUGCAGAACACAUACAGAUACCUUUGAAAGGUGGCCUGAGCUUGCAGACGUUUUUCCUUCCCAUCUUUUUGAUAAACCAAAAUAAGGUGUUAACAUUUGACCUGGAAAACAGGGAAAAGCAGCAGCAAAAAAUGCUGGACCAGCUGAAGGAAAUACAGAGAUCCUACAAGGCUUGUGAGAGUGGACGUAGGCAAACUGAACUCCAGUCUGCUGAGCUAGCUCAGCAAGUUGAAGAGAGUGCCAAGGAAGCAGAACGAUACCUCACCGAAUUCAAGCAUUCAGAGGCACUCAGGCUAGAGACAGAGAAAAAAAAAGAAGAUUUGAAGGUGAGAGCACAGGAAACCAUCAGACAGUGGAAGUUGAAGUGUAAGAAACUGGAUCGCGAGAUGGAAAAACAAAAUGAAACUAUUAAUGAUCUGAUGAACAAGAACAGUCAGGCCCUAAAAGAAAAAGAUGAUCUCAAAAGUCAACUUCUCUCUGCUAUACACCAAAUAGAAAACCUUCAGAAGGAACUGAAUGAUGUGCUUACAAAAAGGGCCCAGCAGGAAGAGGAACUGCACUGCAAAGAGGUAAAGCUGAAUGAGAUGAAGUCUCACCAGAUAUCUCUUGAGGAAGAGAUCAAAGAAGUCCAAGGUACUGUAGAUAAAUUGGAGAAAGAGUUGAAAAAGCAGGUCUUUGUACAAAAUCAGAUGCAAAUUGAAAAGGAACACUUGGAAGGAGAACUUGCAACCACUAACUUGAUCCGUGAAAAAGAUCAGGAAAGACUCUUAGAAAUGCAAGCAGAUGUAAAAAACUUAAGCGCUAUACGUGCAGAACUAACAAACAGAAUAGCAGAAGAAGAGAAAGCCAAAAAGGAAUUACAUAAGAACCUCUCAGAUCUCCAGAAACAGCAGGAAUCUAAGCAUCGCGAGGUGACUUCAGCUACCAGGCAAUUGAAGAUGGAAAGAGAGGUUCACCAGCAGGAGCUGGCAGAUCUUAGGUCAGAGUUACAGAAUGUUAAAAUCAAACAUGAACGAAAUGUUCAAGAGCUGGUGGAGCUCCUUAAGCAUGAAAAGGAUGAUGCAGAGGCUCAGAUUAGGAUGCUAAAGAUGGAACUUGUAGAAGAGAAAAACAUAGGCAAGACUCAAUGUCGGCAACUGGAGAAGAUAAAAGUUGAGUGUGAUAAGUUGACUGAAGAAUUAACCCAGAAUGAAGAGGAAAAUAUAAAACUUAGGCAAAAAUAUGAGUUCAUAAAACAAGAAUUGGAGAAAAAGGAUAAACAGAUCAGCAAUGAAGAAGAAUACUUGAGAAGGAUGGAUGAAGCCAGACUGCAGUUCAAGGAUCAGCUGCAUCAUUUAGAAAUGGAACAGGAAUCCAUUCUCACUAUGAUAGGAAGUGAAAUUGAUGCUGCUUGUGAAAUUCUUUCUCGGGACUCUGCGGAGAAAUUCAAAGCAAUAUCACUUACACCUAUGUUGCUGAAUGAUCCUUAUCGCUGGUUAGCAGAAACAAAGACUAAGCUUCAGUGGCUGUGUGAGGAGGUGAAGGAGAGAGAAAGUCAGGAAAAGAAGCUGCGAUGCUGCUUACGGCAGAGCCGAGAACAGCUCAAGCACUUUGUGCAGAUGAAGGAGUCUGAACAUCAGUCUCUUUUUAAACAAAUAAAAAAGCAAGAGCAACUUUUGGAAGAAGUUCACAGAGAAAAGAGAGAGCUACUAGAGAAGACCCUAAGAAGAGAGGAAGAAAUGGGAUCCCUACAGGAACGUAUUAUGUCCCUAGAAAUGAGUACUCGAGUAGCUUUAGACCACCUGGAGUCUGUUCCUGAGAAACUGAGCCUGUUAGAAGAUUUCAAAGAUAUUGGAGAGUCACAUUGCCGAAGGGAGAUGAUAGAAGAACGGUAUAUGAAGUAUAAAGAAAUAGUGAGUUCCCUACAGCGGCAACUGGAAGAUUCAAAAAAAAGAGUCCAACAGUUCAAGGAUGUGAAAAUUGAUGCUGAAAAUUCUAAUAUACAAGUGGCUGUUCCCUCUUCUAGUUGGCGAAAUCAAAACAGCUUUUUGUCCAGCUCACUGCUUUCAGAUUCAGGUUCAUUUAUGAAAAAAAAGGUUCCUUUUGAUAUAAAUGCCACCAAGGAAGAUCCCAUUAAUGUUGCUGUCAAUGAAAUGAAGUCACAAGCAGAAAGAGGGAAGCAGUAGAAUGCUUUACAAAAACGCAUCAACUUUCUCCGUGGUAAAUUCGAUUCCACUCUUUUGUUUUAAAAUAGUAGUAAUUCUGUCUGUUUAUAGGAGUGACAAACCUUUAGUUAUUCAUCUAUUGCCAAAAACUUAAGUGAAAGAGCAUCAAGAGAGAGACUAACAAACUCUAGUAGUAUUGUAUGUAAUUUAUAUGCCAAAGGUUUUCUGGGAUAAUGCUCUAUUCUCUAGCAUUUGUUUCUGUUGUCCUCCUGGUCUAAAUUUGUUGUAUACCUGAAACAUUGCUAAGUGAAAGAACUGUGACAUUAAUCUUUACUAUAAGCUUAUUUACACCUGCACAGAAAUUUUGCUGACGUGUUUUUGAUAACAUUUAAUAAUGUUGUUAAUAAUCAAAUAAUCAAAACAUUCAAAAUAUACUUUUGCCCUAAUAUUUAUUAUGAGAGUCAUUAUACUGUUUUAUACGGACACAUACUUAUGAUGUUAGGUCCUUCAAUUUACAACCAUCAUUUAACAGGUCAUUAGAUGAAUAUUAAACAAAACCACAUUUCUUCAAAAUUGGCAGGAGUUCAUAUAAUGGUUUCAGGAUCAGCAUAUCUCUAUUAUCAACUGUUUAGAGUUGUUAUUCUUGCCAGAAUAUAUAGUAUCUUAUCAAAUGGCAUGGCAAAUUUGACUUGUGUGACCUCCAGUAAGACAUUUAACUUUUUUCUUCAUCAAGACCUAUUCAUACCUAUCUGUAUUAAGCACUUUGACGGGCAGUGCUUUCUGACUGUGAAAAUUUUAAUGGCAGGGUUUAAUGAUCAUUUAUUUAUUCUCUUUUAUUCUUUUUUAGAAGUUUAUGCAUGUCAUAUUAAUUUUGAAAUGUUAUGGAAAUAAAGUAUUGCACUAUCGUAUUGGGCCUGAUGGCUCUAUUCUAAACAAGUUUGUUACAUAUCCACAUCACUGUGGUCUCAAACAGCACAUCACAGCUGAAUCUUCUACUGUCACAAGAAUUGUCUGUGUUUCUGAUGGUCCUGGUUUAAUUCUGCUAUCUUUAGUGCUGCUGGUUGAGUCACCACUAUUGUGCCUUAAAAAAUUGGCCAAACCUGUCAGAAUACUGUAGCAACACAAACACCAAUGAAACAAUUCUAUUUUGUCAGCUUCUUUCAUAUUAGGGAGCCUAUUCCUUCUGAAAUCCUUCUGAAACAGUGUCUCUUUUUUUAUUAAUAAAGCCCUGUAGGUCUGUGGGUCAUAAUUCCCAUGUCAUUAUGUGCCACCUAAAAAUGGGACUUUUCUUUCCCCCGAAGAAGUAUUCUGUAGUCCCAGUGGAUUCUGUAGACAGUGGACUUAGUUUACAGAAUCCUCUUGUAUUCAGCCUGUUUCAAACACAGCUUUUUGCUAAGAACAUCAAAAUCAGAAAAGGAAAUGGGAAAAACUUGAAUUGAUUUUUGCUUGCAUUCUCUAUGCACUUAAAUUACUUGAUUGUAUAAAAACAGCUAUUCACAAUUUUUCAGGUCCCAUAGAAAAUUUUUCUAUUUUGGUUUUAAAUGUUUUCUUUACCUUCUGUAUGUGCAUAACACUAUGCAUGGUAGUGCUGGCACUGGCUUUUUGCAAACUGCUGGCACAUCUGCUAAUUCAGAAGGUUGGAAAAGCAAAACAGGAAUAUCCAUCUCUUCUGAUCUGAACAGUAAUGACAGGGCCAGAACAAAAACAAGUAAUCGUCUACAGUGGAGCAGGCUGGACAAAUAAAAACCUGUUUGUAUCAUGGUGUACAAAGAGUAUGGAUGACAUGAAGCUGUGUAUAACUCAGGCCACAGUUAACAUAAGCUAAACUUACUUUAAGUGUAUCCAGCAUUUGUAAUUUAUUUUUUUAAUUGGAUCAGAGCACAGCUGUAAAUAGAGUAUUUAAAAUAUUGUAGCUGGUUUGUCUGGUGCAAUGUUAAAAAAAUUGCAAAAUAAAAUGUCAGCAGCUUGCAGACUUUAUGGUACCUAUAAAUUAUGGCUAAAAAAAAUAUAGAAAGGUCAUUUUAAAAAAUUUUAUAAUACAGUAAAUCAUGCUCUCAAAAUACACCAUGUUGUAAUGAGAUCUUUUUAAAAAAGUGACUGAUGGAUAGAUUGCUGAUGGAUAAAUGUAUGUCCAACCCACUUUACUGCAGCUGAAACAGUUUUGGGGAUGUCAAGUGCCUGUUGGUAAGUGGGUUGAGCCCUCAGAGCCUCAGCUGAGAAGCAGUACAUUGAAAAACAGUAUUGUCUCUUUUCCAAAAGAAUUUGUGAAAAUCUGGUAUUAAUUCUUACUGUUUUAUUUAUUCAUUCACUCUUUCUCACUUGAACCUCAGAAAUCUGAACUGUGUUUCCUCAAAACAGUAUCACUACUGUUUUACAAUAUUUGACAACUGAGGAUAAGCAGUCUGAACUCCCUCAUUAUUACAUCAAGUAUUGAAUCAAUUUUCAUACAAUGCAAGACAGAAAUCACUAGUAGGUGAAGAAUUCUGGCUUUAAGACUCCUUAAAUAUGUUCACUGCUCUCAAUAUAUUUGCCUUUGGCCACAUGACUGGGUUCUCGGUAGAGUUUUAUUUCCUCUCUCAAAUUUUCUAAAAGGCUGAGGGAAGGGAAGAAAUUAAACCACAAAAAAAGGAAUUUUUAAUGAGUAGGCUUUUGGUCUCUAAAGCCAGGAAAUUCUUUCUUAAAUUUACCCUCUUGGCACUGCAGUCCAGAUAGCAUAUAAUAUUUGUCUUUGUUCCACCUUUGAUAGAGGUUCAUAUUACAAAGUGAUUUUUGUUUCCUUUUUAUUGAACACUAAAGUUCCAUUCAUGACAGUAUUUGAAACUGUCCCUUUGUGGUUUAAGAAAUAAUAUUUUUUCCAUAUUGGCCUGAAAUAAUAUUCCUCUCACCAGUUUCAGUUUUUAAAGUAGAAAAACAGAUAAUUUUUGUAUAAAACAUUUCCUAUAUUUCAGAUCCUAAAAUUUGCUGUCCUUUUUGGUCAUCGGAUCUCUUUUGAAUUUUAACCUUUUAAUGAGCCAUUCCUCCAUUUUUGCACAAUGCAGUGGUUUUCAAUAAUCGAAAAAUGUGGGAUCACACAUACAAGUGGUGCUUUGUGUCUUUGUUCUGUUCAAUAUUUGGUAAAUUAAGCUACUUUAUAUGCAUGUACUAAAUAAUGGAUUUAACAAGCUCAUCUCAGGCAUCCAGAUUUUUAAAUGCUGUCCUGAACUACAGUGGUUCAAUCGUGUGCUUCCAGUAAUGGGUUUAUUAAUCUGAAGAUGAUGCACUGGCCCUGUUCAGCAUCCCUUAUUUCAGCAUCAGAUAAUCAACACUUGAAUUACUUUUCAGUAUUACAGUGUCUUUCAGUUCUUUACUGUUUUACAUCAGACUAUAAGAGUACUUGUUCUUAAAAAGUUUUGAGAAGGCAAUUACUUAAUAUUCAAAGGAGUUGAUUUUUAUUAUGUAAUUAUAUUAUUCCAAGAAAAAACUUCAAAACGAAAAUAGAACUUAGUCCAGGGAGCAGUGUCCCUCCCUGGGUUUUUCUAGAUUUUCUAAAUUUUACCAUUCAUUCUACUAUCAGUUUUUAGUGGAAAAUAGUAAAGGGUAGACACCGCUGCAAUAGCCUUGAAAUAUUAUUGAUUCCAGGCAGAAAAGAGCCUACAAACUGUUUUAGGAGAUCUGCCUAAGUGCUUAGCAUAGGAACUUAAAAACUUGUAUUACGAUGUAUAUUUCUUCAGGGUGUCAAUCUCAAAUUACCAUCAGUAGAAACAAUUGCUGGCAUCUAAAAUAUUUCUGGAAAGUGAUGCAGAGAUUUGCUAGGGAUGGUCCUGGUAUCAUUCUGCAAAUGUGGAUCUCUGGGUCACUCGCAUUGUUAAACAAACAUCAAGCUGGGAAGUCAUCCCAAUUUAUGUUCUGGCAUUAGGCUUUACACAGAAACCACCAGCGUCCCAGUUUUGUACUCAGUGUGGAAAAUGAUUAAGAUGAGUUGUGCUUACUGCUGGCCAAGAGAAAAGUUUGCAUCUGUGACAUAAGCUAUUUGGUGUACGGAGCUCAAUGAUUGCACCAUUUUUAGUGAAGUUUUCACUGCUGGUUGCAACCCUGACAACACCAUCUCAUCCAGACAGCUGCAGCCAUGAAGGGAUUCAGAAGAAUUUUUGCUACAUGUUUUGACUAACACAAGGUCAAUAUGUCCAUCAGAAACCAUGGAUUUGUUUGUUCUGUCUUCACUGGAGAAAUCUCUUUUGAAGUCAUAAAGCUUGAAAACAUAGAAACCAUAGUGAGACACAUCAGCAGCGAGGCUCUCUAGCCAUAGAAUGUGAAUCUGUUAGCGUGUUGUCCAUUGUUUCAUUAGGUGUCUGAAAAGUAAUAAAAGACUAGAUAAAAACAACAAAAUUUUAAAGUUGAAUAAACUGUUCUUUUUUUGGAAAAAAUCUGAUAUCAAAGUCAAGAAACACUUCACUUUUCGUGAGUGCAAGUCAUUUCUUAAACUUGAGUAACUCCUUUUAUAGACUGUCUUUGAAGCCCCUGAAAUGUAUUAGUCACCAGACAUCAACUCCAUUUCAUGGCAUCUAUUAUUAUGAGAGACUUGCUCACCUUGAUUUAUACUUAGCAAUGUCCCAUACUUUAGGAAACUCUGUUAUGUGCAGUGUUCACUGAAUAUAAAACUUGAAACAAUUCCAUUGAAGAUGGUUGAUAUAUGGAGUGCUGGCUGGCUAGUCCAGUGUAUUUCAACAAAAAUAUCAGAUGCUCAAAUUCCUGCCUGAGUAUUUCAUUACCAGAAGAAAGUGACAAAUACAUAUCCAUUUAGUCUGUAGGUAAUUUUGCAAGAGUGUCCAUUCUGCAAAUCACUGUUUUUGAAGCUGAGUCACUUUUGAAGCUAAAUUUUUCCGUAUGUGCUUAUUGGAAAUGUUGAUUUAAAAAAAAAAUAUUUUUUUCUCUCUCUUGGAGUGUGUGAGAAAAAUUGUUAGUCACUUUUGAGUUCUGGAACUUUUUUUUUUUUAAUAAUAUAUUGCCACUUUCUUUUUAAUUAAAUAACUAAAAAAGGAGCUAAUUCAGAUACCUCAUUACAAGCACUGCUAAUUAAGUGAAUUGGUGUAUGAGUAAUUUUCCUCCAGAUUUAUUGUUUUUAUUUAAAUAAAAUAGUGUUUUUUACAUUUAAUAUUCUAAGUCUGAAACAAAAAUAAUCUCGUGAUCAAGAAUUUAGGUUAGGAAAUUCUCAAACUCAAGUUGCCCUGCCUUACUAUACAUGUGACACUGCACAUGUUACAUCACAUUUCGCAGUCCACUCUUGCCAUUGCUUGUACACUCUAAAGUGACUUAAAGAAUCUGCAAAAUUCCAGAAAAGAAUUAUAUUUGUGCAGGAUGUCUCUGUACUGGUGUAAAGUGAGAAAAGGAUGUCUUUAAUACCUCUUAACCUGUUAAUGUAAUGGAGAGAGGAAUGGUAGAAUGAAAUUCCUCAACAUGCAAUUAUUCCCUGACAUAAAGUCCUUGAAAGACUCUUGCAAGGAAUGCAUGUCCUGAUUUAAUAUAAAAGUCUCCCUGAUCAUAUUCCCGUAUAAACUCUCAGCAGAGUGUUAGGGACAGCUCUAUGAAAAAAAUGUGUAUCCAUCUUUUCUUUUAUUAACUUUACAUUUCGUUUAUCCUUUCUCAUGAAUUUGAAUAUGUGUGUAUGUAUAAACAUGCUGCUACUUUUCAUUCCUGUACAGUAAAGUGCUCUGGAUAUGGUAUGUUGAAGCUGACAUUGCUAACAUAACCUGAAUUAUUGCAGGUUCCUCUAUGUUUCAUUUCCCAAAUGUAAAGGUGUGUUCAGACUUCUAAGAGGUACAUGGACACCUUUUCACAUAAUUACAUGCAUCUUUCUUAUCUUCAUAAACAUGCAUAAACAUGCGUGAUCCUACACUGUGUGACAUCCUUUAUGCUGUAGAAAUUCAGGCUUCACUGAAAAUAGUGGAGGCCUUGUCUCUAAUGUUAGGAUUUCACAUUAGGUUUGAAAAAAGAAUGGAGAAAUAUUUUCAACACAUACAAUAAGUAUGUGUUGGUCUGAUGAGCAAACAAAUACAUAAAAUGCAUUGAAAAAUCUAUUAUCUUAUCUAAAUACUUCCAUAGCAGACUGCAAUAAUUUGGAAUAAUUCAGCAUUACUUCUUUUUUUGUUUUAGGCAAUUUUUUCAAAAUUUUAUAUAUGGAGUUUGGGGUUUAUUUGGGCUCUUGUAUAGGUACUUUUAUUUUUCAGGAAAACUAAAGCAAAUUUAAUUGUAAAGGAAAAAAACGCUGCUUCUAAAUACCCAAUACAAACUGAUGAAAGUUGAAAAAUUCAGAAAUAUUACUGCUCUUUGUUCCAUUGUAAUAUUGGUUACUACAGCAUUGUCAAAAUAACAAAACCCUCCUAAAGUAAGGAUAGUUUGUCAGAUGAGAUGCAUGAGUUGAAUUUCACACUCAAGAUUAAAUAUUUAGUUUCACAUCUUUUUUUUCCCAACAAAUUCAAAUACCUAUAAUGAGAAUUUUCUUAUAUGUAGCUGAAGCUAAUUAUAUCUUACAUCUAAAUACCAGCACUAUUGAUAGACUUUUUUUGAAUAAAACUCACAAAAUAAAACUAUUUUUAGCUACUAAUCAGAUAUCCUCCAACUUCUACAGCAAGUCAUUUAAUUUUUUUUGUCAUAUGACAAUUUAGUUCCAAGCUAGCUUGUUCCAAGGUGAUUUCACUCCAAAUUUUCCAUUAGCUGCCAUCUUUAGGAAAAAAAAAUCUUAGCUGUCUUGAGAAUUACAUCAUGAAUUAAACUACUGCUUGGCUAUUACUUGCUGAGAGAUGCAAUCUACAAUUGCAUUUUCAGAAUAACACAGGUCUAGGAACAAAAAUGUUGUGGAAGUAUAAAAGGAGAAAUUAGUUACCAUAUUAUUUCUAAGGAUGGGUCCUUGUCAACCUGUGGAAGUUUGUUGAUACUCAGUUAUGUGUGAGGUCUGAUUUGUGCGUGUCACUAGUUUUAUUGUUGUGUGACUGCAUUGACUUCAGUAUAAGUAUACCUAUGGAUUCUGGAAAUUUUAAACCAAAAUCAAUAGCAUAAAUAAAAUCAAACAUAAAUACAAAGCAAAAUGUCAUAAAUGUGGAGAUAUGUAAAGUAAUUACACUAAAAAGUAUAUGAAAGCUGUGUACCAUGCCGUGCUUUGAAUAUGUUACUGCAAACUCGUGGCUUGAUGUGGAGUCCACAGAUGUAUUUAUGUAUAAGUUUGGUUAAGGCUCUCCCUGAAAACUUUAUGUGUUAAUUUAAUGUCAAUAUUUGUACCUACUUUCUACAAUCAAUAUAAAAAGUUAGCCAAUGAAACAGUAACAAAAACGUUGAUCUUUAUUACUUUUUGCUGACUUGGUGCUUAUUCCUGAAAGCAAGGUUGUAAGUGUUUAUUGCAUCUCAGGAGAUAUUUAGUACCUUAGCGGGAUCAAAGUUAGUGUUACUCAUAAUUUAAAGUGUAACAUGAAAUGUUACCAUUUUUGUAAACAAAAAAAUAAAUUAUUUUUCCAAUGAA